UUCAUUUUGUAAACAAUCAUAAAAUUUGUCACAUUGGUUCGAACUAGAUCUAAUAAUACCAUUAUAAAGUAGUUUUCAUUUUCGUCAAUUUCUCAAUAAAAAUGCCUUACGUAGUUUUAACAACUCAAAUUAGAGUUGAAAAUGGGCCAACAGUUGUUGGAGAUGAGCAGUCCGAUCCAGAACUGAUGCAGUAUUUAGGUGCUCAACUAACUACUCAAUUAGGAAAUGAUUUUAAGGAAUAUCGAUCUCCUGAUCCACCUAGAGUUCUUCUUGACAAGCUCGAAUUGCGAGGAUAUAAAGUUGUAGCAAUGGCUGGUAUAGGCCAGACUUGUAUUUGGACUCUCAACAAGCCACCAGAGUUCGAAUAAAGGCAGUAGAUUAUUGAAAACGUAAUAUUGUGAUGCAGAAAUAAUCAAGAAGCAUAUUUAGUGUUGCAUUUAGUUGUAUGUAUAAAAUUGUUUGAAAUGUAGUAUUUAGGAGUAUGGAUAAUCAAGAUUUUAAUUUAUAUUGAAAGCAUUAUUUAUUUACUUUUUAUAAUUAGAAGAAAUUCAAAAUUUAACCCUUUAUAGCUUAUCUUUCUAAAAAUAACCAGGUAUUUUUGAAGCUUUCUUGUAAAUAAUAAAACAACCUAUUUCUAAGAUUUUCAAAAUUUUAAUUAUAAAAUGGAAAAGGAUAAUUUAUUUUCUUUUUUUAAAAUUAAUAAAUACUUUGUGUGGUUAAGAGGAUAUUGUUCAAAACAAUAAACAUGAGCUAAGCUAAUAUUGCUCCUAUCUAAGAACUAUAUUUAUCAUAGAAUGUUAAUAUAAGCUCAUAUAAUGUUUUCGUUUUCUCAUGUAUAUGCAUAAAUCUCAUACAGUGUGAACAAAAAUCUGCUUUCUUGUAAACUAUACCAUCUAUUUUUAAGGAUAUGCACUAAGAUUCCAUAAAUGUGGAUUAAGAUGGAAGUGUGGGGAGUUGCAUCUUAUUUAAUGGAUUAAAUCUUGUUUUAUCUUUGUAAGGAUAUUUAAUUAACUAAUAACUGAAUACUAUUAAUCAAUUGCUUAUUAAUCAAAUAUUUAAUUCAGUCUUCAGAGUUUUUUUCCUUAUAUGAUGUAUUUAAAAUUUUGUGACUACAGUUGGAUGUGUUGAUGUAAAAUAAUACAGUAUUAUUAUGUUGUUAAAUUUUCUUAUUAACUAAUAUGUUGUUUUUGUCUUGAUGUAUUGUUGAAACACUUUUCAUAACAUGCUAUAAAAUGUAAUGCAUAUAUAUUUUUAAAAGUAUUAGAAGUUUAUAAGCAUAUUUAAGGAAAAAUUUCUUGAUUAAUUUAUGACUAUUUUAUUAUGAAUACAAAGUUUUUAAAACUAAUUUUAGUUUCUUUUCUUACAAAUGAUGUUUUGAUUUUUGAUUGUUUUACUAUAUAAAAACUGUAUACUAUGUUUCAGAAUUUAUGCACAACAUUAAUUAACAGUUCAACAUGCUAUGGUUGCACUACUUUUAUCUGUCUUAUUUUUAAUUAUCUAUAUGAUUUCAAUUGAUCAUAUUAUUUAUGAUUCUUAAGAUGAAAAGUUUAUUCUUUUAAAUUAUGCACAUAAAUUUUAUAAUGAUAUAUAAUAAUAAAGUUGGUUUUUAAAAUAAUUAAUCAUUUAAUUUAUUAUUGGAUAUCCUAAUCUUAUUUUAAUGUUUUAAAUAAUAAUAAAAAAAAAUGUUCUUUUUUCUUCAUAAUACAAGUGAAAAGGGCAACUAUUGUUUCCUUUCUAUAAUAACUGGGAAGUGAAAACUAACAAGUGCCAUCUCUUAACAAUAAUGCACAUGAUAAUUAUUAUUAAUUAAAAUAUGUUCUAUGAACAAUAUUAAUAUUUAUUAUGAUUUCAAACAUUUCUUCCUUUUCACUUUUAAUAAGAUAAAUUAAUCCCUCUCUUUUUUUAUUGUUAAUGUGUACUAUAUUUCAGUUGACGUUUGACUUCAUUGGCAUGGACAUAUUUAUGUACGCUUCAAAGAUUUAAUAUAAAACCUGCCUUUAUAAUUUUUUACUAGCCAUGUAAAUAUAUGAGGGUUUGGUCUUGUCAGGACAUGACCAUGCUUUAGAAUGAUACCACUAUAAGAGUGCGAAUAAGGUAUAUUAUACGGGAUCAGGUAAUACUGUUAAACAAACUAUAUUACAUCUCGUUAGCAAGUAAGAUUUUUUUAAUGGCAAUUAGUAAUUUUAUCUGAGUUUUAACUUAAACCUUCAACAGUUAUGAUAUCCUACUCACCGAAGCAAGUAUUAAAAAAGAAGUUUAUUGCAGUGUUUAUUUGGUUCUGUAGUGAUAGAAUUAUGAAUUCCUGAUUGGACAGAAGUUUUUUUUUUUUUUUUUUUUUUUUUUUUUUUAUUAUUAUUAUUUGUAAUUCCAUUUCAGAGUAUUGGAUGAAUUUAUCUUUGAUGAAAUAGAUUAAAUGCAUUUAAUAUGAAAAGUUGUAAAAUAAGUAUUAAGUUAUUGCAUUUAGUUUUUAAACCAAUUUAUAAAAGUUUUUUUUUAAUAAAAUGAUUUUUAAUUCAGAUGCUUCAUAUAAAAUGCAUUGAAUGCAUGCAUGAAUUGCAAAAUUGAAAUUUGUGUAGCCAGGUAUAUGUGUAUAAUUUUAUUAUGUUUUUAUAAGAAAAGUUUGAGAAUAAAUUAUAUGAGAAUUCUUUUCUUCUUUUAGAUUUUUAGAAAUUAAACAAUGUGAACAUUUUAUAUGAUGUUUAAUUAUUAAUUUAUUUUGUGUGUAUUUACUUAAAUCAAAACCUAAAACAUAAAAUUUAUUGUAAUUUUUUUGUGUAUUUUAUUUAGUCAAGUGCCUUAUUGUUAAUUUUAUAUUAGUCCAAGUUCUUUUUUAUUAUCUAUGAUAUUUGAAUGAUUUUUCCUACUUGGUUUUUUUUUUUUUUUUUUUUUGAUCUUGAAGGGUUGAUAUUGUAUGUUCAUAUAAAAAUUAUUUUUGAAUGUUUCAUCUAUUGAUGCCGUUAAUUAAUAUAUAUAUGUAUAUAUAUUAUAUUGCUGUUUUAACACAAACAUAUUGACAUGUGCUAAAAUAUGAUAUGGUGCAUUGGCAAAGAAUGAGCCAAUAGAGCAAAAAAGAGGACCCGAAAACAUCUUUUUAAUCUUUCUCGAUUUUUUUAAACUAUAGUUUUCUUUUAUUAGAACAUUUAACUAUAUAUAUAUUAAUAAGUAUGAAAUAGCAAUAAUUUUAUACUUUUCUAUCUGGAUUUCUUUUACAAUUGAAUGUUAUAAGUGGGAAAACACACUUGUGUUUGAAAUAUAUAAAUAAAGAGAAAUAUUUAAAUUUUUUGAGAAAUAGCUUUUGUACUUUUAGAGGUAUGAGUAUCUUUAGAGUCUUGAACUGAGAUAAAUUUUUGAGAAAUAUGCUUUUUUUAAAUAAAUGAAAUGCUUUAUUUGGUGAAUAAUAAAAAUAUCACAGUUUUCAUCCCUGAAUAUAUUUUUUGAAUCAGUCAAAAAAAGUUUUUUUAUAAAAUAAAGGAAAUGUAGUUUUUAAAAUUAUUUUUGAAUAAGGCAGUGUUUAAAUCAACUGAAAUUAUUUUCUUAAAGAGGAGAUUUGAGCAGAGAUUAUAUUUUUAUUUAUAUGAAUUGUGAUUUAUAUUUAUGUAUAUAUGUUAUUAUAAUUAUUGUUAUUUGUAGAAAUUUUAUAAAAAUAUGUGUGUAUAGUUUAAUAAAUAUUACAUCAUUGUAUUUGCUGUUGUUAGCAAUGUAAUGGUAAAACUGAAUUGAGUCAUGCAUUUAGGAAUCAACUACCAAUUUAUAGACUCCAAAUUCAAUAUUAACUGUUGCAUUUGUAUUUAAAUGAGUGUAUUUGCUGCGCAAAAUAGAAACUGUUGCAAUUUUUUGUAUUAUUGAUUACAUAUUAUGGAAUAUUUAAUUUCAGAAAACAUGACACAUUUUAUCUUAAUAUUUAAUAGACAUAGCUAUAUCUCAAAAUACAUGUUUAGAUUCUGAUGAUAUAACUAUAUUAAAUAAUUAUUAUCCUUAAGUUCGCAUCACUGGAAUUUCUUUUCUUCUUCUAUUAAAAGUUCAAUAAAAAUUAUUCUGUUUUAUCAUUUAGCUUUUUAAAUGAAAAAUAAUUGAUUUAUGUAAAAAUUAAUAUUAACCAGUUCUUUUAAUAGGUUAAUAUUAUUCAUUUCUUCUUUUUUUUAAUGAUUUCUUUAAUUGUAUUUGUAAGAUGUGAUGUAAUAAGCUAAAUCUAAAAUGAUUCCACAAAAUAUUUUUUGCCUUUUUCCUUGAAAACUUUUCAUAUGUGUCUUAAUUAUUGUCCUUUGUAAUUUAGCAUAUUUUUUCAGUGUUUAUUUAUAAUAAAAAUUUUCAUGAGACAUAUUUUAUGAUUUGUGUUGGUUAUUAUUUUAUUUUAGUUAUGUAUAUUUUAUUAAUAUAGAUAAAACAAAAAAUUCAAAUUAUUAUCUUUGGUUGCAUUGCUUUGUUUUACUUGGUUAUUUUAUCUUUAAUUUUUAUCAAUAUUAAUGUUUGUAAUUCUCUUAAUGCUGUUUAUAAAUUUUUAUCUAUAUGUUCAAUUGUAUGAAAAUCAGUUCUGUAAAUUAAUUGAAAUAAGAGAUAUAUGUGUCAUGCGUGCUUUUUGUU